CGGCAGCACUCGCUCACACUCCACCCCCCCCCCCCCCCCCCCAGUUCUCACUUCACAGUCGACAGCGCGCGCGUCGGGCAUGGCGUCGUUGAACUCUGCUUUCUCCUUCCCCGUCCCGCGCCCCGCCGACCCGGCCGACGAGGUCGUCCGCGAGUUCGGCCCGCUGCUCCGGAUCUACAAGAGCGGCCGCGUCGAGCGCCCGCUCGUGGCCCCGCCGGUAGGGCCGGGCCACGACGCCGCCACGGGCGUCCACUCCAGGGACGUCGACCUCGGCGCCUGCUCCGUCCGCCUCUACCUGCCCCAGGCUGCGGUUGCCGCCGACGGCGCCGGCAAGCUGCCAGUGGUGGUGUACGUCCACGGCGGUGGCUUCGUGGCGGAGUCCGCGGCGUCGCCCGGCUACCACCUCUUCCUCAACAGGCUCGCCGCCGCGGGCCCCGCGCUCGGCGUCUCCGUCGACUACCGCCUGGCGCCCGAGCACCCGCUCCCGGCGGGGUACGACGACUGCCUCGCCGCGCUCAAGUGGGCGCUCUCUGCCGCCGACCCCUGGGUGGCCGCGCACGGGGACCUCGGCCGCGUCUUCGUCGCCGGGGACAGCGCCGGCGCCAACAUCUGCCACCACCUCGCCAUGCACCCGGACGUCCGGGGCCACGCCGCCGCCACCGCCGACGGCACCGCCCCGGGCCGGGCGCCGCUCAAGGGCGCCGUGCUGAUCCACCCCUGGUUCUGGGGCUCGGAGGCCGUGGGCGAGGAGCCGCGGGACCCCGCGCUCCGCGCCAUGGGGGCUGGCCUGUGGUUCUUCGCGUGCCCCGGGACCAGCGACAUGGACGACCCGCGGAUGAACCCGAUGGCGCCCGGCGCGCCGGGGCUGGGGGCGCUGGCGUGCGAGCGCGUGAUGGUGUGCGCCGCAGAGGGGGACUUCCUCAGGUGGCGCGGCCGCGCGUACGCGGAGGCGGUGGCCGCUGCGAGGUGGGGCGCGCUGGAGGACGCCGGCGGCGGCGUCGAGCUGCUGGAGACCAUGGGCGAAGGCCACGUCUUCUACCUCUUCAAGCCCGACUGCGACAAGGCCAAGGAGAUGCUCGCCAAGAUGGUGGCCUUCAUCACCGCCCCGUGAUGCGCACCCCGUUGUUGCUUUGUGUUUGCAGCUUCGCAUCGUGGCUGUCUGCUGAGAACGAUCGUGACAUUUUAUCAGGACGAUGAUGGAAAAUAAAAGAACGGGUUUCGCCGUCAGAUCUAGCCCA